GAUUAAAAAAUGGGAUUGCAUGAAAAAGACCCACUUUCAGAGCUCCGGCUGCCGCCGGGAUUCCGAUUUUACCCCACCGACGAAGAGCUACUGGUUCAAUACCUCUGCCGGAAAGUCGCCGGCCACCACUUCUCCCUUCAAAUCAUCGGCGAUGUUGAUCUCUACAAAUUCAACCCUUGGGAUCUCCCUAGUAUGGCUAUGUUUGGAGAAAAGGAGUGGUAUUUCUUCAGCCCAAGAGACCGAAAAUACCCGAACGGCUCGAGACCGAACCGGGUCGCUGGCUCCGGGUAUUGGAAGGCCACCGGAACCGAUAAGGUUAUCUCCACCGAAGGAAAAAGAGUUGGCAUUAAAAAAGCUCUCGUAUUCUAUGUUGGGAAAGCUCCGAAAGGAACCAAAACCAAUUGGAUCAUGCACGAGUAUCGUUUAAUCGAUGCCUCCCGCAAAGUUGGAAGCAUCAAGUUGGACGAUUGGGUUUUAUGUCGUAUCUACAAGAAGAAUUCGAGCGCACAAAAGCCACCAACAACGAUAGCUAGCAUUCCGAGCAUGGAAUGUAGCAAUGGCGGGUCAUCGUCGACAUGUUCUUCGCCACACAUCGACGACGUUCUCGAGUCAUUGCCGGAGAUCGAAGACCGAUUCUUCAACUUGCCUAGAAUCAAUUCUCUUCAAACUUUACAACACCAUCAACAUUUGAGCUCCGCCAAUUUCGACUGGGCCACCGCCGCUGCAGCCUCGUUCGAAGCCAUCGGUGAACUCGCUCCGAUGACUCAGUCCCAAUCUCCGGCUGGGUUUUUCAAUUCCAAUAUGUAUAUUCCGGCCACCCAACCGCCGAGGAUUACGGCGGAGCAAGAAGUGCAGAGUGGAUUACAACGGUUUCAGAAUUUCGGUUGGAUGCCGCAAAAUUUCCCCAACUCCGGCGACGGUUCUGGGUUCUGAAAAUCUCCGUGGCCGGUUUGAACCGUGGUCGGUCUGGUUUACAAGAGUUUGUGUAGAUAAUUCUUUGGGCUAACAUUUGGGGUUUGAGAUACACGACAAAGGAAAUAUGGAAAUGAAGUCCAAAUUUUUAUUACCAA